GAACCACCAAUACCAUCGUCAAAUAUAUUCAUAAUAAUUAAAUAAUGUUUGGUGGGAUUCAUUCAGAUUUCAGACGCACUAUGACAAUAACAUAGUGCUCGUGGCAUCGCUAGCACUCACCAUUCAGCAGGCAGUUAAGAUUAGAGUGACAACCCCUGUUGUUCCUGUUCCAUUCAUGUCAGCCUCCACAGGUUCAUCCCUAUCCCUUACUGAAGCACAAAUGACUGCAGAAGAUCAAGUGCAACAGAUUGAACUGUUAACAUCCACAGAUGAUGAUCAUGGUGGUGUUAUUGUGGAAAUGGACAAGCCUAUGGAUUCUGCAACCUUUGUGUCCAUUCUCAGAGCUUCAAUUUCUCAAUGGAAACAGUUGGGCAAGAAGGGUGUUUGGAUAAAAUUGCCUAUUCAUCUAGUCAGUCUAGUUGAAGCUCUAGUUAAGGAAGGCUUUUGGUAUCAUCAUGCAGAACCAAAAUAUUUAAUGCUUGUGUAUUGGAUUCCUGAAUCCACAAAUACUAUUCCAGCAAAUGCUACACACCGAGUGGGCGUUGGUGCACUUGUCGUGAAUGAGAAACGAGAGGUCCUAGUGGUUCAAGAAAAGAGUGGACAUUUUCAAGGAACUGGAGCCUGGAAAUUCCCUACCGGAGUUGUUGAUCAGGGAGAAGAUAUAUGUGUAGCAGCAGUGAGAGAGGUCAAAGAAGAAACAGGAGUUGACUCAGAAUUUGUAGAAGUAUUAGCAUUCAGACAAAGCCAUAUGUCAUUCUUUGAGAAGUCGGAUCUAUUCUUCGUGUGCUUGUUGCGCCCUCUUUCUUCUGACAUUCAAAUACAGGAGUUAGAGAUAGAGGCUGCACAGUGGAUGCCAUUUGAUGAAUACGCAGCCCAGCCAUUUAUGGAAAAAUAUGAGCUUUUGAAGUGUAUCAAUGAUAUUUACAUGGCAAAGUUUGAUGGACAAUAUUCUGGAUUUACACCUAUAUCUACAACGUCAAACUUCUCCGACAGAAAGAGCUAUCUUUACUUGAAUGCUGGAGGCCUGAAGAAGAGCAAUUCUUUAUUCUAGCAAUGGUCAAAGCUAAUAAUAUUUCAUUGAUUCGACAAGCCCAAGGUUUUAUUUUAUUUUAUUUUAAGUAAUCAUAUUUUUGAAAGAGUUUAACCAAACAUGCAUUUUAGCCAUGUGUAGAAGAAAACAAAGCCACAAUGCCUUCUUAACAUGUGGAGCCAUUCGUCCCCUUGAUUAAUGACCACUCAGGCACUCACUAAUAUGCAAGACAAGAUGACUCAGCGAUAUGAUCUAUAAGACAAAAUGGUUCAUAUUCGAACUUCAAAUCAGUUGAAUUUUAGUCAUAACGUCGCUGUCUCUUUCUCUUUCCUUGUAAUUUUUUACACCUACACAUAUAUAGACGAACGAUAUGCACAUACGUGGAGGCGACAGAACAUAAUUUAAUAGU